GGAAAUUUGUUUAUAUAGGUUUAAUCUAUGGAGCUUUUGGAGCUUAUAAAUAAAAAAAAUAUAUGUUUGAUUGAAGUUGUGUAUCUUAAAAAAUAAAUAAUACAAUAUUAUAAAUUAUAUUCAAACCACAAGUGAGUUUAAAAUGGUGGGCGUUGUAGCAGUACAUUGUGGAGCCGGCAUCCACAGUAACCAGCUGUACAAAAACUAUAAAAAAUUGUGUAAUAAGGCUUGCGAAAAAGCCAUUCAAAUCCUUGCAGAAGGUGGUUCAUCAUUAGAAGCAGUCAAGGCUGCAGUAAUGGUUUUAGAAGAUGAUCCUCUUACAAAUUGUGGCUACGGCUCCAACUUAACGUCGGCCGGACUUGUUGAAAAUGACGCGUCUAUAAUGGACGGUAAAACACUAAACUAUGGAGCUUGUGGAGCUAUAAAAAAAGUAAAAAACCCCAUUGAACUAGCUUAUCAACUAUGCGUAACACAAUCUGAAGCUUUACCAUUAGGUCUUAUACCUCCUUCACUACUAGUUGGACAAGGCGGAUUAGAUUAUGCAAGGAUGAUCGGCUUGAAAACUGUAAAACACAAGGAUCUUAUUAGCAAAAAAGCUUUUAAGCAAUUUAAUAAAUAUAGUAAAAUUUUAGAAAACCAUCAACGUGAUCAGCUUCUAGAUACCGUAGGUGCCGUUUGCAUUGAUGGUAAUGGACAUGUUGCUUCUGCUUGUAGUUCAGGUGGUUUGAUAUUAAAAAAACCCGGCAGGGUGGGCCAAGCAGCUAUAUUCGCUAGCGGUAGUUGGGCGGACAGUGUCGACAAGAAUAAAGAAUCCUCGGUGGCUGUUUGCACUACGGGUUGCGGCGAACAUCUAAUUCAAACUCAACUUGCCAAAGAAAUUGCUGUAGCUCUCAAAUAUAGUACCUGUUCAACUGUCGACUUACAUUCAACGAUGAGUGAAAAAUUUUUGGAAUCGAAAUUUCUGAAAAACGUUCAAGUCAAAAUGGGAGGAGCUUUGGUACUCCACAGGGACAGCCUCACGGGGGACGUUGUCGUUUUGUGGGGCCACAGUACUGAAACUAUGGUUGUUGGGUAUAUGGGAACGGAGGAUAGAAAACCGAAGUGCCAAAUGUCCGUACUACCACAAACCGUCAAACCUGGAACAGCUGUAAAUGUUGGCGGAUCAAAAUUUUAUACCAUUGACAAUCCCUCUUCGAUUACUUGAAUACAUAAAUUUCGUUUAAAUAUUUUGGUUAUCGGUUUGGAUAUGUGUGAUAUGCGAUUAUUUAUUUCUUGACUGUUAUAUUCAAGUUGGUUUAUUUCUUUUAUUUUCUUGGAUUAUAAAAUAAAAUAUACCUUAAAAUAA